ACAGAUCGCUCCCGCUACCUCUAGGCCCUCCGCCGAUUUCCAGCGCCGCGUCCGACUGACCUCAGACCCCUCCCUCUCCAGUUCCAGCCUUAAUUGCGCCUCCACGCCGUUCUCAUCGCGGAUAGGCCCAAUCUUGCUUUCUGCGGAAGUCCCGCCCCCUUGUCAAGAGACCAAACAGAAGCGCGCUGCCGGUCUCCCCGCGAGCAAGCGCUAAGCGUAGUCGCGACUCCGACCUUAGGAUGCCCUUCCCCCAACCUCUCACCCUCCAGGCGCAGCCGCGCGGCUCCCUCUGGUGGAGCUGCGGCGGGCAAUCGGAAAUCGGCUACUUUGGCCUGCCUCCUCCCAGCAGCGCGCGCUUUGAGUGCCCGGCUCGGCCUCCGCUCCCGCGCGGUUGGGAGUGUCCAGCGCCCUCCGCGAUUUGGGCUCCAGCGGGCACGGUCACUUCCUUUUUCUGUCCACUCUGGUAACUUAUUCCUCUGCUGGGCUCUUUCCCUUAGGGUCUCUGGCCCUGUUCUUGCCCCAGCAUGACUUUUAUCGGGACGCCGUUGUGGAAGCCUCACGCAGGAGCCCUGCCCCCGUGGAGAAGAUCCCACUGGUGACUCCAACCCUACCACCAUGAAUGGGGUCCUGAUCCCCCAUACGCCCAUCGCAGUGGACUUCUGGAGCCUGCGCCGGGCUGGCACCGCACGGCUCUUCUUCUUGUCUCACAUGCAUUCGGACCACACCGUGGGCCUGUCUAGCACCUGGGCCCGGCCCCUCUACUGCUCCCCAAUUACAGCCCACCUCUUGCAUCGUCACCUACAGGUAUCUAAGCAAUGGAUCCAAGCCCUGGAGGUUGGUGAGAGCCAUGUAUUACCCCUAGAUGAAAUUGGACAAGAGACAAUGACCGUAACCCUCCUCGAUGCCAAUCACUGUCCUGGUUCUGUCAUGUUUCUCUUUGAAGGAUAUUUUGGAACCAUCCUCUACACAGGUGAUUUUCGAUACACACCAUCCAUGCUAAAGGAGCCAGCUCUGACACUGGGGAAACAGAUCCAUACUUUAUACCUAGACAACACCAAUUGCAACCCAGCCCUGGUUCUUCCUUCCCGACAAGAAGCUGCCCACCAGAUUGUCCAGCUUAUUCGAAAACAUCCACAACAUAACAUAAAGAUUGGACUCUACAGCCUGGGAAAGGAAUCACUGCUGGAGCAGCUGGCCCUGGAGUUUCAGACCUGGGUGGUAUUGAGUCCUCGGCGCCUGGAGUUGGUACAGCUACUGGGCCUGGCAGAUGUGUUCACAGUGGAGGAGAAGGCUGGCCGCAUCCAUGCCGUAGACCAUAUGGAGAUCUGCCAUUCCAACAUGCUGCGUUGGAACCAGACCCACCCUACCAUUGCUAUCCUUCCCACAAGCCGAAAAAUCCACAGCUCCCACCCUGAUAUCCACGUCAUCCCUUACUCUGACCAUUCCUCCUACUCUGAGCUUUGUGCCUUUGUCGCAGCACUGAAGCCUUGCCAGGUGGUGCCCAUUGUCAGUCGGCGGCCCUGUGGAGGCUUUCAGGACAGUCUGAGCCCCAGGAUUUCCGUGCCCCUGAUUCCGGACUCUGUACAGCAAUACAUGAGUUCUUCCUCUAGAAAACCAAGCUUUCUCUGGCUGUUAGAAAGGAGGCUAAAGAGGCCGAGAACCCAAGGUGUUGUGUUUGAAUCCCCUGAGGAAGGUGCUGAUCAAUCUCAAGCUGACAGAGACUCAAAGAAGGCCAAGAAAGAGAAACUUUCUCCCUGGCCUGCGAACCUUGAAAAGCAGCCUUCCCACCAUCCUUUGAGGAUCAAGAAGCAGUUGUUCCCAGACCUCUAUAGCAAAGAAUGGAACAAGGCAGUGCCUUUCUGUGAGUCUCGAAAGAGGGUGACUAUGUGGACGGCCCCAUUGGGAUUUUCAGUGCACUUAAGGUCUACAGAUGAGGAGUUUAUUUCUCUAAAAACCAGGGAGGAAAUUGGUUUAGGGUCCCCCUUGGUACCCAUGGGAGAUGAUGAUAGAGGUCCAGAAGCCACAGGGAAUCAGAGUGCCUGGAUGGGCCAUGGUUCUCCCCUGUCCCACAGCAGCAAGGGCACCCCUCUUCUAGCUACUGAAUUCAGGGGUCUAGCACUCAAAUACCUUCUGACUCCAGUGAACUUUUUCCAGGCAGGGUAUUCUUCCAGGAGCUUUGACCAGCAAGUGGAAAAAUACCAUAAACCCUGCUGAAGACAGGAGAGUAUAGAAUGACAACAUUGAGCCCACACUGCAGUUUUGAAGAUAGUAACUGAUGGCUGGUGGGAAAGAGUUUGUUUUUGGGGCCUGCUUUUCUAUCUUUACAAGACUCUUAUGGACCCACCGCAGAGCAGCACUUCCCAAAACUUGUUCACUGGGGUCCUCGUGCCUAUGGAAUCCUUCGUUUUAUAAUUGAGUAUGUUUAAGAAAUACUUUUUGUUAUAAAAUCUUUGGAGUACACGUGAGCAAAUUAAAAGUUCUUUGAAGUCCUACAGCAACUUAAUCUGUUUAACCUUGUUUAACCCAGUAUUUCUCAAACUUCUGUGAACAUGCAAUCCUCUUAUGUGGGUACAGAAAGAGGUAAAGAGUCUGAAUCAAAAAGGACCAGGUUAUUCCUGUUGCUGUUUUGUGGUGUCAUGAGCCAUUCUCCAUGUCCCCUUCUCCCUCUUCUCAGAUCAAAAUCCCUAGGGAGUUCUAUUUUUAAAAUUAUGAACUAUGGCGCUGCAUGCUUCAAUCCUGAACGUCACUGACUUGCUGUGACCUCCAUCCAAAUAAUUUCCUGUCUCUGCCUCUGGGAGGGAACAGGAAGCAAUGAAGAGGUCUUGGAACAGUAGUGAAAAUUCUGCCUCUAUGUCCUUCAUGAGGAUGUGCAGUAUCCCAGUAUCACUGGGAUCCAUGUGGAACAGAGCCAGCUCGGGGGCUGGGCAGCUCUCUCCAAGGCAGUACCUAGAACCCAGCUGAACAACAAGGCUUUGGGUGUGAAGGGACUCCCCGGCCUGGAGACCCUAUUUGGCUGAAACAGUUACAAAAUAUCAAAUGUGUUGUCAGAUAUUCCUCCAAUUGUUCACAUAGCUGGGAUAUUUGUUGCUCCCCCCACCCCUUGGAUUGUGUAGGGAGCCAGAGCACACAGCCUGUUUGUUUUAGUAUCCAAGGAAGACACCAAGGAGCCAGCUGGCGGGAAGGGAUGGGGGUGUGCAGUCUGCCCUGUCCUUCUGCUCAUAACCUGACAAAAUGCCAAACUAGUAAGCGGGAUAGCUGAUACCACGGCUAUGAGGGAAUAGGCUCUGAGAGGGCACAGACUUGUGGAGCUGGGCAUCUGGAUCAAAACUGCUUUGGGAUGGAACCUCGAGCCCUAGCAAUGAAGAAGGUUCCAUUUCUUGUCCAGGGGAUUUGAAAGAGUUUUCUGCUUUGAGAGAGAAAUAGAGAGUUUAGAAAGCAAUUGCUCUUGGGAAAGCUGUACACAGCUCUGUUUUGUCAAUGACCUUUGUUGUAAGUCUCCCAACGUCCUAUUAGGAGCCACAGCAGGUGAGGCAUUUGGUGCAGCAGGAAACAUGGGCACUACCUAGGCUCGAAUCUGUGGCACCCUGAGCAAUUACUUAAAUUGUGGAGCCUAGUUCCUCAUCUGUAAGAUGGACUUGAGAUUCCUACCUCUCAUGAUUACUAUGGAGAUCAAAUAAUUGGUAAAAUUCUCCUAGCUCAGUGACUGCCACAGGAUGGGUCUUUCAGAUUUUGGUUCUCUUUAGCUUCUGGUUCUUGAAAGAAAUUAAUCUGUAUAUAACAUAAGAAACUUUGAAUGUCAAAAAAAAUAGAGAAAAAAUUUUAAUUCCUCGUAGAUUAAUUGAUUUGCUUUCUUUUAGUUUUUUUUUCUAUGCAUGUAGAUGUAUUAAAUAUGUAAAUGUUUUUCAAAGUUGAGGUAAUAUUGUAUACAAUUUUAUAGCCUACAUUUUAAUUUCGUGAUAUCUUAAGCAUUUCACUUAUUAGAUGUUGUUCAAAAAUGUCAUUUUUAAUAUUUGUAUAAUACCCUAUCAUGUGAGUAUACCUUAACUAAGCUAUUCCCAUAUUCAACAUUUUGUGUACUGUUUUUCUAAUUACAUAUAUUACAAUGAACAACC